UAGACGAAAAACAGAGGCAAAGAAAAGCCCGUCGGGCGACUGACUUUCGGUGGACCGUGGAAAAUCGCGAAAAUCCCGUGCUACCGUGCGGUUCGUUGCGUUCACUGCGAGUAAGAAAAUUUGCCACUACUUGGGCUCGUUCUAACCAUUCGUUCUAAAGCUGCCGACUGGAUAAUAGUUGUGAUUUAUUGCUGCUGUCUACUCCCAUGGGUGUUUUAUAAAGUGGCCAAUUUGUCGAAAAACAGUGUCUUGGGGGAAAUUGGCGAAUAUAGCUAUUGAGGAAGGCAACGGUGAACGGGAAAGUGCGGACAGUGAGAGAAAAAGGGUGAUGAUAUAAGAAAAUUUCGAGAGCUUCCACUAGGGAACUAGAAGGGAAUCUCUCUGUACAGAGCCUUUCGAGAAAGAAGAGAAUGCUUAAUAGGAGACUGAGAGAAUGUUUUUUGAGUUUCCCGGUGAUGACUGAAGUGGUGGUGGGGCGUUUGCAGACGAUUUGAGCGAAAUAGCACAUGAAGAUGUUACAGAGGUCAACGGAUCAGUUCGCGUGGAGCUCUUGGCAACAUUAACGGAUAACGGAGAGUACAAAUGUGAUGAAUAUUUUUUAAACAAAUUUAAGAAACUAAGUGAAGGAUUUUAGGUACGAAAAAAAACGUUGAUUAGAAUAAUCAAAAGUGAAGACGAAAUGCAUCUUAUUACAAAGAUGGGUAUGUGCAAUCAAGUGUUGCCAGCUGUAGGCUAAAUCGAUAAAAGGAAGAAGAAACAGUGCGAGUAAGUGUAGUUGAUAUCCCUCCAUAAUACCUGGCUAGAAUCUACGACCAGCAAAGAAAGGCCAGCCGGAAAAGAGACCAGUCUCCAGAGGCCUAACAGAUCUAAAACAGUUAUAAACGAAUUCUUGUUUUCUGUGUCACUUCUUCAUCUGUGCGUUCGUGUGUUUUGCGAGGACGGAGCGAUCUUCCUCCCAAUCAUCAUCUUCAUCAACCGCAGCAGCAGCAGCAGUCAGCCUGUGGAGCAAAAGCUUGGUCUUAAUAGUGAAGUGAACCCGAGUGAAAGACGGCAAGGUAAAAAGACGAAGAGAAACCGUAAACCCAAGAGCACAGUACGGCAGUGUGGAAGAAAUAAAAUCGAGAAAAAUUAGGACACUGUCGCGUGUGUUCUUUCCCUAUUCUGUGCAUACGUGAGUGAACUAAUAGACAAGCUGUGGUAACUUUUCUCUGUGCGCCACCUCCCUUUAAACGGCCGAAGGGGAAGCAUUUCAAAAAAAUAUAAUCCUAGUCCGUUCCCGCUUUUGCCGAAGGCUGCAGCAAUGUCCCAGCCAAUGAACACGAGUGGCAAUACUAUGGUAAAUAGUAUUGGGAACAGUAUCGGAGGAGGAAUCGGAAAAGGUCUAGCGACUAGCACCAACGGCACUGGAAUGAUCGUCACCAACAACGGGCCAAGCAACAAUAUGGGAAAUUCAACGCCAGCCACACCGACCAAUAAUUGCCAGUCGAUCAGAUAUUGCUGGGAAGCCGACAAAGUGAAAACCCUAAUCCGACUACGAGCAGAACUGUCACCACUAUUCACCGGCAAGCGAAAUGCAUCCAAAUAUGCGUGGGCAGUCGUCGAACGAGAACUCAGUGUGCCUUUACCGAUUUCAAAAAUCAUCAAAAAAUGGAAUAACCUGCUACAGGAGUACAAGGCCAUAAAAAUGUCGGAGGAGCCCAAGCGACGCGAAUGGCCCUUCUUCAACCUGAUGGACGUGUACUUCAGUGAUCAGGUAAACGACCCCACCCUGCGCCUCUUCUCGUCGACGAAACGGUUCGACUCGGACACACUGGACGAUGCCCAGUUUGACGAUGAGAUUAUGAACUCGACGGCUGCGGUGGCCAUUGCUGCCGCGGCGGCCGCCUCAGCUGCCGCAGCAAACGCCGCUAGUCAACAGAAAAUCAAGAGUGAGCUUAUCCACGGCCACAGCGGUGGCAGCAUGUUGGACAUCUCGGACAUAAUUGAGGAUCAUCUGGGCAGCGGUGACUCCAAGCUGGACCAGUUCAAACGGGAGAUUGUACUCAGCCAGUUCAGCAACGUAUCCGAUCGGAGUAACAGUCAGAGUCGAAAAGAGAAGAACAACAAUAAUAACAAUAACCACAACAACAAUAAUAAUAACAACAGUAACAGUACUGUAAACUCUAAUAACAACAACGGAAUUGUCGCCAACAACUCUUACAGGGAAAAGGAGAAACAGCUAAUCGAAAGUUUAAGUCAAAGUCCUGGGGCGGGACACUUAACCAACGGUGGUGUCAUCAGUGGCAACACAGAUAGCAGUAGUUUAAAUAGUAGUCCAACAAGUCACGUGAGCAGUACCAACGGACCUAAAAUGACAAACGGACCGUCCACGAAUGCGAACUUCAACGCCUUGCUGGCGGCAGCCAACAGUACUCACAAUGGAACUACCCUGCACAGUAACAGUAGUAGUGCGAUUAGCAGCACGGACCGGGACACCGAUUACGACGACUAUCCGAAUGAAAGGGACAGCAUGUAUGACGGAGGAAGUACAAAUUUGAAAAAUCUGAACCAGAAACUGCUGCACCAGAUGAACGAACAUCACAACAUCGACCAGUACCUGCUGUCCUGGCGAGGCUUUCAUGGAAACAUGUGUAAGGGCUUCCACAGUCUGCAACGGGACGGGCAGAUGGUUGACGUCACGAUCGCUGCCGGUGGAAAAAUCUUCAAAGCACACAAGCUGGUCCUAUCGGUGUGCAGUCCGUACUUCCAGAAGAUAUUCCUCGAGCACCCGUCACAACAUCCGAUUUUGUUCAUGACGGACGUGAAUGCCCAUCACAUGGCAGGCUUGCUGGACUUUAUGUACAGUGGACAGGUAAAUGUCAAGUACGAAGAUUUACCGAAUUUCUUAAAGGUAGCGGAAGCUCUGCAAGUGAAAGGAUUACAUGGAGAGAGUACCAACGACAACGAAGAGCGAGACUAUCAACAACAGCAGCAGCAGCAUGCCCUCCGUCUGCAGGAGCAACAGCGUCUGUACCAGCAACAGCAGCAGCAGCAACAACAACAAUCCAUGGCUCAGCAUCAGCAGAACUUGGCCCACCAGCGACAACAAUUAAUUCAAGCAGCCCAGCAACAAGCACAAGCAGUCGCUCACGCACAGCAACAACAAGCGGUACAGCAAGCUCAACAGGCUGCGGCAGCCGCGGCACAACAGCAGCAGUUGGCCAAUCGUAAUAGUUUUAAAGAACUGAUGAAGGCCAAACACGCAGCCGCCGCAGCUGUGUUGAACGAAGACUACCUGAACAACAACGCAAGCAACAAUAACAACAACACAACCAACAACAACGCAAACCUCAACAACAACCUCAGCUCCAUCAACAACAAUAACCUCUCACAGUUCGGUGUGCACCAGGUUAACCAAUCGAAGAAGAUGCUGGACAGCCAAAAGUACCAGAAGUAUUACUCCAAGCGAAAACUGGUCCAACAGUACGAGCAGGAAAUGCGAGCGGAAAAGCGAAAACUAGGCAUUGAAGAUGUGAUUCAAGCAGCCGCAGCUGCCAAGGCACUGAAUCUGCGACUUAAUAACGGUGGUAUGGCGAGCCCGGUAGCUCCUGGGACACCUGUACCGAAUCCACCGGAGACACCGACUAAUGGAAGUACAAGCGGAACCGACGAAGAGCCACCUCCGCUGAUACAGAACAUCAAAUCGGAGCCAAACUAUGACGAAGACGAAGGCAUGGAAGUGGAUCAGGAUCAUCAUUCGCCAAUGAACAACAACAACAAUAAUAAUAAUAAUAGCGUGAACAACAACAAUAACAACAACAAUCACGCAGAAGACUACUACAGCCAGCGCGAGUCGGUCAUCGGCAAAUCGACCAAGCAUUCCAUUCUCGAGCCAAAUAUAGUAUUAAAGCAGAGCGAGGAGUGUCUCAACACAAGCAGCCAAACGGGUAGUCUAAAUCUGUGUAAAAACGUUAGCUAGAAUAGUAGGCACUGACAAACGGCGGUGUGGCGCGAAUGGGAAUGAGUGACCAAUUAGAAUGAGUGAACAUCAUUAUCAGUAUGUGUGAGUUGCUCAUUUGCAGACGUGUAGUAUUUAUAUUUAUUUAUUCUUUUGCUAGAUUUGUUUAAGUUUUCUAUUUAGAUGAUAAUCAAACUUGUACAUACAAUUUCAGUCUGUUUUUUUUUCUCAGCUUAUCGUACGUUUUCGUCAUUUCACUUAUUUAUCAUGUAAUUUA